GUAUUUCGGUUCUACUCACUCUGUUUCAUCUCCUCAAACAAGAACCUCAAACAAGUCUAGAUAGACAUUGAUGUGAAGUUUGGAAAAGAACCACGCUACUGCUCUGCUUGCUAAAAGCUCAGAUAUUCUCCUGGUGAGAAGAAGACUGAUAUCCAUAGAGGUUGAGAAGAAGACUAGUCAGACAUCCUCUCCUCUUCUCUCCUCUCCUCUCCUUGGACACCAAAGACAGUCCGGUUGUUAUUCCUGCAGCCUAAACAUGUCUCCAGCAAAGUCCAGUGGUCAGUCUGAUGCUGUUCAGUCUUUAUCCAGUGGGAAGUCUGUUGCUAGUCAGUUCAUUGCUAGUCAGUCUAUGGAACCGCUUCCCAGGUGGCAGUCUGUGUCUGGUCAUUCUGUGGAUGUUCAGUCUGUGGAUGGUCAGUCUCUCUCCACUGGGCAUUUGAUGGAAUCUCUCUCUACUGGUCAACAGUAUACAUCUGUUCCUUCUCUGUCCAGUCCGCUUAUGGCUGGUCAGUCUGAGCCUUCUCCUCUGUCCAUCUCCUUCUCUGCAUCAGGGUUCCAAGCCACUUACCAGUUGGGUGUGGCCCAGAGCAUGUUGGACCUGGCCCCGUUGGUGCUACAAGCAGCCCCUAAGGUAAUGGGGGCCUCGGCCGGGUCCCUGGUAGCUGCUGCUUUGGUCUGUGGAUCCAGCCUAGACAUGGUGCGUAAUGAGAUGCUGAGGUUUGCGCUGCAGAGUAGGGGGCCACUGCACUUGGCGAGGAACGUGUUUGUGUGGAUAGAAGGUCUGUUGCGCCGCUCACUACCAGACGACGCCCACAUCCGGGCCAAUGGACGCCUCGCCGUCGUCCUGACACGCAUCCCAGAUGGACAGAAUACUGUGGUGUCAGAGUUCACGUCCCGAGAGGACGUUGUGCAGGCGCUGUUGUGCAGCUGCUUUAUCCCUGGGUACCAUGGUAUACAGCCACCGUCUUACAAAGGAGUGUAUUAUGUGGACGGUGGUAUGUCCAGUAUCCAGCCAACCCACUCCUCUCCCUAUGCACACACCCUCACUGUGUCGCCAUUCGCUGGAGAGGCGGACAUCUGUCCACCAGACCCUGGCUCCAUGUACGUCAUCGUCAUGAGCGGCAUGCCCCUCAACUGCAGUGUGGCCAACGGUUACCGGAUCCUUGAUGCCCUCUACCCCUACAACUUGGAGGUUGGAACCCAAAACAACCCUUACUCUCCUCACCCAGCCCUUUACCCCUCUACCCAUUCACCCAGCUCUCCACCGAGCCUUCUGCCCCUCCACCCAGCCCUCUACCUCUCCGACUAG